GGCUCUAAAGCGCGGCGCGGGCGGCGCGGCGCACUCGCCAUGGCCGCCGCCGCGCAGUACCUGCCGCGCUCCGCCGCGCUCAUGCACCCCGACGGCGACCGCCUGCACCAGGGCACCACGUACCGCGAGGUGCAGAAGAUGAUGCACCACGAGUACCUGCAGGGACUGGCCCCCGCCGCCGGGCACGCCGUCGGGCUGGCGCACCACCAGUGGCUGCCCAGCGCCGGCACGGACUGGGGCAGCGGUGGGGGCGGCGGGGGCGCGCACCUUCCGCCCGGUGAGCACGCCAAGGGCGGCCCGCCGGGGCCCCGCGAAGAGCUGUCCGCCGCCGCCUUCCACCACCGCCCGCACCUGGUGCACCAGCCGGCGGCGGGCGGCGCGGCGGGCGGAUGGGCGCAGGGCGGCGCGCAUCACCUGCCGCCCAUGUCGCCGCCGUCGGGACAGCCGCUGCUCUACGCGCAGCCCUACGCGGGCCUCAACGGGAUGCUGGGCCCGCCGGCACCGGCGCUGCACCACGGGCUGCGCGACCCGCUGGGCGCCGAGGAGGCGGGCGGGCACGAACUGGCGGCGUCGCCGCCGCCGCUGGGGCCGCCCGAGCCGUCGGACGAGGACGCGCCCAGCUCCGACGACCUGGAGCAGUUCGCCAAGCAGUUCAAGCAGCGGCGGAUCAAGCUGGGCUUCACGCAGGCCGAUGUGGGGCUGGCGCUGGGCACCCUGUACGGGAACGUCUUCUCGCAGACCACCAUCUGCCGGUUCGAGGCGCUGCAGCUGAGCUUCAAGAACAUGUGCAAGCUGAAGCCGCUGCUCAACAAGUGGCUGGAGGAGACGGACUCCAGCACGGGCAGCCCCACCAACCUGGACAAGAUCGCGGCGCAGGGCCGGAAGCGCAAGAAGCGGACGUCCAUCGAGGUGGGCGUCAAGGGCGCCCUGGAGAACCACUUCCUCAAGUGCCCCAAGCCCUCGGCGCACGAGAUCACCUCGCUGGCGGACUCCCUGCAGCUGGAGAAAGAGGUGGUGCGGGUGUGGUUCUGCAACCGGCGGCAGAAGGAGAAGCGGAUGACGCCGGCCGGGGUCCCGCACCCGCCCAUGGAGGACGUUUACGCACAGGCGGACGCUUCGCCGCUGCACCACGCGCUGCCCGGCGCCGUGCAGUGACUGCCCGGAGCCCGCGGCCCCGACGGCGGCGCGGCGGGCGCGGGCAGCGGGGGACGCGUUUUAAUUUAUUCUCAGACUGGCCCGGCCGCCCGCUCCGCGCCCCGCGCUCUAUUUAUUCGCCCGCCGGAGCCGCAGCGGCCGCCGCAGCAGUAGCCAAAGGUUUGCGAUCUCUAAUUUAUUCCCUUCCUCGCGCGGCCGGGAGGCGGCGGCGCCCCCGGCUCGGCCCCUCCCGCUCUGCCCGGCCCGGCCCGCCCGGGGAGACGCUUCGAAACCAUUUCCCGGCCCGUCUCUAUUUAUUUCUAACCGUGCGCGGAGCUCUCACCCUCCCGUUGGUGGGUUCAGUCCGGUCCGUUCCCUGGGGUUUCGGUUUUUGUUUGUAUCUCUUAUUGCCAAACCAAUGUAGACUGCGAGGGUACGUUUCUAUUUAUGUUAUAGUAAAUAUUUUAUUACUUACAUAAACCAUUUACCCAGGAACCGGUCUCGUGUCGUCUUUGCAGGCUGAGCGGUGCGGCCGGGGCAGCCCGGCCGUCGGGGCCGGUGGCGAGGCGA